AUGCAAAAUAAUUUAAUUCGUCUACUCACCAAAUUGUCAACAACAACAAUCGCUUUUCGCUACAAAUCUAGAACAAAAUUUUUGGCAAUGCAAAAUCCCUUCGAAGUGCCUACUUACCAAGUUGGAAACCAAACUUAUCGUCGAAAUUGUCCUCUUGAAAUGGUAAAUACAACAAAUCCAGCAGCUGUUUCCUCCCAAAAAUUUAAUGAAAUGGAAGAGGAGGAAGAAAGAAGUUGUGAAAUGAUUGAAGAAACCACCAGCAGCACUUUAUUGGAAAUUAGAGAAGAACCAGGAGAAACACAAUCUGCAGCAUUUGGUUCAGGAUGUAUUCAAAAAGAAGGUGGAUCAUCUAGAAGAAAAAAUGCAGGGGAAAGGUAA